GCGGCCCGGCUGGGAGCUGCCCCCGGUUCUCCGCUCUGCUGUCGAGGCCGCCUCCGGGGUCCUUAACACCGUGUUCCUCUGUCCCGCGUGGCCUCUGCCACGACCUGGGCCUCGGCCCGGGCCGAUCACUCCGGAGCCGCCAUGUCAUCCGAUUUCGAAGGCUACGAGCAGGACUUCGCGGUGCUCACGGCAGAGAUCACCAGCAAGAUUGCGAGGGUCCCCCGACUCCCUCCUGAUGAGAAGAAGCAGAUGGUUGGCCACGUGGAGAAACAGCUCGAAGAAGCGAAAGAAUUGCUCGAACAGAUGGAUCUGGAAGUCCGAGAGAUCCCACCCCAAAGUCGAGGAAUGUACAGCAACCGGAUGCGAAGCUACAAGCAAGAAAUGGGCAAACUUGAAACAGAUUUUAAAAGGUCACGGAUCGCCUACAGUGACGAAGUACGGAAUGAGCUCCUAGGGGAUGAUGGGAAUUCCUCAGAGAACCAGUUGAUAAAAUUACGUGAAGAGAGGGCACAUCUGCUCGAUAACACAGAGAGGCUGGAAAGGUCAUCUCGGAGACUAGAGGCUGGAUACCAAAUAGCAGUGGAAACCGAGCAAAUUGGCCAGGAGAUGUUGGAAAACCUCAGUCACGACAGAGAAAAGAUACAGCGAGCACGUGAACGACUUCGAGAAACAGAUGCUAACUUGGGGAAAAGCUCCAGGGUCCUGACGGGGAUGUUGCGAAGAAUCAUCCAGAACCGCAUCCUGGUCGUCAUCUUGGCCAUCAUCCUGGUUGUCACCAUCCUGAUGGCGAUCACUUUUUCUGUCAGAAGACGCUGAUGGAUCUGCUCUUCCCUGAUAAACAGCAACAACGGCUUGUUCUGAGUAAUUAAGACAAAAUGGUCACAUGAAUCAUUCUUUUGCGCCGACAGGCCCUGAACGACCCUCCCUCUUUUCACCACUGUUCGGCUGAAGCGCAGAGUGUAAAAAUAUUUUCUAUUCCUGCUUGCGUGUGGGUCGGUUUCCUUUUCUAGGUUUGUCUUCACCCAGAUUUGUUUUUUGUAGGAGAAGGUGAAUGUUUAUUUGCCUUUCGGUAAUUUCAUCUACGAACCAAAAUAGCUUUGGUGACUUUCUUCCUUGCCCCGUGGACGUGUCAGGGGUCAUGGUUUGGGAUAGGGCACGAUGAGUCAGUCGUGGGGCAUCUGAUGGGCUGUGCUGUUUGUCACACAUCUCUUGUCUCCAAAUUGCCCUUCUGUGAUGUCCAAGGAUAAAAAUGCAGAGAAAAACAGAGGCCACAGCCAGUGACCCACUCCAGCAAACCGGCCCUGUUCCUACCCAGGCAUAAUGAAUAUAGUCUACCUGCCUGAGUGCUUUCAUUGUAAAGGUGGAUAUUUAAUGUCACUUGUGCAGGAAAUUGACUUAGCAUUUUCUCUGUUUUUCUAUGUGUGUGUAUAUAUAUAUAUAUAUAUAUAUAUAUAUAUAUAUAUACUUUUCUUUUUUUUUUUUUUUACAGCCAAGAAUAUUUUUGCUGAGUCUGCCCAAGAUCCACUUUUCAUAACUUUGCUUACUGGCUACAUGAAAUAUUUCCUUACCUUCCCCAAAUCCCACAGUCCCUAGAAUUUGCUGGCAAAGUAAGCCUUGGCACGAUAUUUAAUUGUGACCCCCUCUCCCCUGACCUGUGUAAGCAUCUCUGUAUCCUUUCGGUUUUAAUAUCUGCACUGCCAAAAGCAGCCCUCAUACAUGCAAAAGGUCUGACAAGGUUCCCUCCACAUCCAUUCCAGUAUGUAAAAAGAACAUGAAUAUUUCAGGAAGAACAAGAACAUGAGUCCGUCAGUGUGAAAUUUCAAAUGUGAUUAUAAAUAUGGCAUAGAGUCCUAUAGGAUGAUUCACUAGAAAUAAACUUUAUGGAAAAUGUUCACUAACCUCCUUCAAAAGAAUAGGGGGGUUGCAGCGUGUUACAAAGGACGGCUUGGAUUUUCUACAAAAAGAUGUUAGCACAGCCUUCCUGAAUUCACUGUGUAUUCAAACCUCUGACAUGCUUUGUGAUUGUUUUUGGUUUCUUUCUGUCCGAGGUAACCGGGAAUUGCGUUCAAAAUGAGUUCAUUUAUGAUCAGGCUUCAAGUUGCCCAAGCUGAGGUCAUUUUCCCCCUAGUCAUAAAGCAAAAUGUGUUUUUCUUAAGACUUCAUUGGCAUUUACAAGGUCCGUACUAUCUUUUUGAAUGUAAUUGGAAGCUUUGAAUCCUUGAAAAAUCAGACCUGUUCUCUUCAUAAAAAAUGCUAACCACCUGUGCCCAGAGAUUGAGAUCACCUGGAUGGGGAACUUUAUUUUAUAUUUUGCCCCAACUCCGAGAAGAACCUUUAUGGUUUAGAGAGGAAAUGCAGAAUGGCAAAAUCCACCGGAGAGAUUGUACUUAGCAAAACAGGCCAGGGCCUGCGUGUGUCCAGAUAAAUCAUUUAGUAUUGUGUAAAUAAAGCUGCAGCCUUUACUUUGCAGGGAUCGUAUGGGAUUUUGGCAGGGGGAAGUAGGACAGUGAAGGAGUGGGAAGGCAGUGCUAAUUUUCCUAUCAGCUUAAGGGAUCCAUCUCAGCAAGGUUCUUUUAUUCCAAUAACGGAUUUUGUACAUGCUGAACACAUUGAAGAAACCAUUAAAAAGCAGGGGAACAAACAAACAACCUCCUUCCCGUUCCAAAACACUAAUGGUGGAGAAGUAUUACACCGACCUCUCCGGUGGCUUCUUUGGAAACUGCUGAUCUCAGCUAAAGCGGGUAACCAGUUAUCCAGCUAUAUACGCCUCACGCCUCUUCCCAAGGCCACCCAGCAAGCCAGGUCGGUCUGAUCAUCUAAACCCGCUGGCUCCUCGAUAUGUCACUAACACCUUGCGUUCAUGUUGAAGUAGAUGAAGUGGAGGGCGGGGGCCAGGGGCACUGCUUGCCUCUCAAUGGCUUUUCCUUUCCAGUUCUACCUCUCUAUCAGCUCUUGCCUGAGAUUUUGCCCCGGUUCAACCUUGAGAGUGAGAGAAUCUGACCAGAUGACCCUUGGCCUACCAGCCCCAUCGAACCCACCUUGAGAGCGGCCCCCAAGACCCGGGUAGUGAGCGCUCUGUGGGAGGCUGGUCUGAAGUCCCGACAAUUCCCGCCUGGCCCUCCGGCUGCUGCGGGAGAAAUUCGAGACCGGAGACACGGUUUUCUCCCCACUCCCCUGCUCCACUGGGGAAGGGAGAAAGCCCACAAAUCGAAGCAGGUCCUGGAUCUGUGAAAGGCUCUGGGAACUUCCUAUGUCGACUUUGCGGACCAGUUCUCCAGUUGAGAGCCUGUGCUGAAAAAAUGAGGUUCAGUGGGAAGGUGGGGUGGGGGGUGAAGACUAAGAAACACCGAGGAUGAAGAGGAGAAGGAGGCCCUGGCCAUAUAAAAUUCAUGCAGACUAAACAGUUUCCCUGACCGAAUAAAGUAAAGCGGAUGCUACCCUGCUCCGGAAUCAAAAGCAAUUUAAUUAAAGUCUCUUAAGUUGUAAAGAGUUUUAAAUGUUCCGUGUUGAAGGCGAAUGCCUGCAUAUGCGAUGGGCCUGACGUCAGCCGCCAGGCCUGGGCUGGGAGGCCAUUUGCUAUUCUGUUUAAGGCAGGCUGGAUUGUCUUAUUUUGGAACCAGCUUGGUGGGGGGUUUGCUUUGCUACUGCUUCUGAGCCCUGAGCUUCAAAGGCUGAAAUUAAUGGUGAACAAAAUUGUGCAGCUCUGACCGUCCCAUGCGGGGCAAGCCCAUUGAGGGUUAUCAUUAAGUAAAGAAAUAAAGAGGGGGAAAAAAGCCUGCCUGUUCCAAAAACCUCAUCAGAUAAUGACCUCAGUGAUUGGAUUUUCAUUACCAAACAGCAUCCAGAGAUUAUCUACCCCAUAGAAGAAGGGGGGGGGGGGGUUGGAAAGAAAGAAAGCAACUGUCUUUCUCUCCUUCUCUUUCUCCUUUUUUUUUUUUUUUGCACAUCUUUUCUUUAAAACUGUCAGAUCAUUUCAGUAUUUCAAAUCCGAGGAAAACAGCCUGCCUGCUGCUGUAUUUGAAGUUCUAAUGGUGUCAAAAAGUCACGACUGACUGACAGCCGUCAGUCCCAGAGGGGCUCAUUAAAUCAUAAAAACUUGACAAGGAAAUAAUUGCGCAUCGCCAGCAACUUGGCGCCUGUUUAGACGUUUUUAUUUUCUUUCAUUAUUAGUCCCCACCAUUACGUUCAUUAACAAAUUGCAUUAAACAACUGUUAAGGGCUAAUGAUUUGUUUAUCGCUUUUUAUUAUUAUUAUUAUUUAAACAUUAGCUGUGUCAUGUGGUACCCUAGCAGCCUCUUGCCGUCGUCUGACUGAAUAUUUUUCCACUCCGAGCUCUGGGUACUGUUGGAAUAUGAAAUAGAUUAUUCAUUACUCUCCUCUUUGCCACUGAUUUGAUUUCAUGUAGCGUCUUCCACAGAGAAAGAUGAAAACUUGUCAAAAAUAGGUUAUAUCUUAUUCGAAGGGGCAACAAUAGCAGCAGGUACAGGCACACUUUAAUAUUUAAUUAAGGUUGAUGUUAACCCCUUUAAAUGACUUUAGCUGUAAGUUCUAUUCAAAUGCAGAAGAGAAAAAUAAUUGUUCUUAAUUUGCAACCUGUUCAGCAAGCAUUCUUCCUGGAGUUAGCUGGAAAUUUAGAGCCGAAUUUUUAAAUAAUGAAAUUUCCCGUCAUAAAUAUUUAUAGCCGUUUGUCUACGUAGUUGAGAAUUAACUACAAGCAAUGAUUUCCUCGUCUCUCUGGUUUGAACUGCUAGCCUAGCAGGGCACCUGGCGCUUGGGAGAAAUGGCUUUCCUGGGAGAAAUGCACAUCCAGAGCCAAGGACUGUUGGUUGGUUGUGGCUGGGGCUGGUUUCAGAGGAAACUCUGUGAGUCCCUUGUUUCUGGUCCACUUGUCUCCUCCGCUAGCUGAGUGUGUGGUUGGAGGACUGUGGUCUGGAGAGUAAGUAGGGCUUUCUUAAAGGAGCACUUGUGUGUCCAGUCGGCUGGUGUGGGGAGGGUGUGAUGGGGUGUCCGGGGCGUCUCUGUGUAGUCAAUGAGCUCAUUGCUUUCCUAGUAGACAAUAGGAGCCAUGCUUUGCUGGGAUUGACCUUCCGUCUUUUUUCCUUUCUGGGACUUGCCACCGGUGAGAUCAUCAGCUUUUCCGUGGGCUCUGAGCUGGAGGGGAAAGGUGGCACCUUCAUCCCGAGUCUGAAGUCCGUGGCACUCUCCGUGCCGCAACUGCCGGCUGCCUUUGGUCACCCUGUUUGAUUCGAUAAGUUUCACAUAAGCAGGGAAGCGCUCUCAGAGGCCUGGUUCAUUGGUAUGUCUGGGCUGGGGUGUGCUGGUCAAUAUCAAGGAACAAGGAGUACUUCCCUGCCGGCUUGUUUUCCUCCCAGCCACGCAUCCUCAGAAAGACAGACUCCUUGGGCAGCUGCUCCAUGGAUGUGAAGGGGAGAGACGGCACAUGUCCCUCGCUCAGCCACCACCUCUCAGCAUCACCCACCAAAGGACAGACAAUCCAGUAGGAGCCGCGGCAUGGGAGGGGCUCAUCCAGCAGGCAAGAGCCACGUGAGGCCAGCCCUAAGCCUCAUAGAUCACCGUGGGCAUAGAAACAGCAGACACACCAGGGCCUGGGGCGGUCUCGAGCUUCCAUUUCAAUCUGUUCCAAAUUAGCCGCAUGACAACUCGCCACCUUCAGAACGGACUCCACACUUCAGCAAAAGAUACGCUCAAAGUCGUUUUUCCAAAAGGAAGGAAGGCUUUGUGGUAAGCCAUCCCCAGUCUGACUCCCAAAGACACUGGUUGCCUGAGAUGAGAUGCCAGCCCUCAAACUUGACUUCGUCCUCUGCUAUAAUUCAUCACCUUAAACUAAAUUCCAGGGAACAUUCUUGCUUACAUGGCUUUGCCUGUAGCCCAUCGCGCUCAAACCAGUGCUGUCUGCCAGGGGCCAUCCACAUUUUAUGACAAGUCGGGUAGCUCUUAGACAACAUGUCAGCCUUUUUAAAAUGGGGCAGGUGACCGUGUGGAGAGCUCAGAGAAGUUUUUAAAGCCACAAGCAGUGCAUCCAAGAAGGGAGACCAAGAGUGGACCGGCACAGGCAGGAGAAUAUUUGUGUGUGAUUGGAACCAAGGCUGAAUACAGGGUCCUGAAAUAGGUGAUGGAACGAGGGUCAGCAUCCUCUUCUGUUGUAGAGGAGGGAAGACACAGGGAUUGGCGAGAGAGACUGGCCGUGUCCGUUAGGAUUCCAGGUCAGCAAUAACAUGAAUGUUCCAAAGCCAGCUUACCAGAGGCACGUAGGGCAAAAACAAGAUGGUGGGGCAGACCCAAAGUGACAGGACAAGGGGAUUGGGAAUGUGUGAGGAGGUGAGGAACAGAUGGUCCAUAGGUGAAGGAUGGAUUCCUAGCACCAGGGGAGAGGCAAUGGUGAGGGGGGCUCAUCCCGGGGGGGGAGGGGGCAGUCAAGAGGGAGGGGCACGGGCAUCAAGGCCCCGCUUUGUGCCACCCUGGGCCCAUUAUCGGCCUCCUUCAGGAGGAGCCAAAGGAGGGGAAAGGCAAGGUGCCUAUCUCCCAGGACCCCGGCCCAAAUCACACACAACCCCUGUUGUCAUGCCUCAAGGAGCUCCCAGCAUGCUGUGGGAAAAGCACUUCCUCAUCCUGAAUCACCUCAUUACUCGUGCUACAUAAAUAACGAAGGCAUCACAGAGAGAGGGGGAAAUGCCAAGCAGCAGAGCUCUAGACUGUGAUUCUGUGAACUCGUGCACCCCCUCCUUCCCUUCAUCCAAACAAGGCCCUUUGGCGUGAAUAAUAGCUCAGCGGCCCCGAAGCCCAUAUUGAUCUGUUGCACACACAGCUCCUCUGAGAGCUGCCUGGACUUUUCCUGGGGGCAGGACAGCACCGUUCAGUGCAGCGCCCUCCCUCCCCCACCUCCUCGGCCUCCCCAGGUGUGUUCAGGAGGGGACAGGACGGGGGCGGGGGGGAAACAGGGGUGGCCAAGGCCCUUCUCCAGCCCACUGCUGCUUCGUUGCCUCAACGUUUUUGUUCUUGACUUAUUUUGCCGAGAAAAGUACCUGAGUUGGAGAGAAAUGUUGUUGUUGUUGUUUUUUUUUUUUUUACAUGAUGAGGCCCCACAGAGUGGAGAAUGAAAUACAUCCUCGGGCUCCAGCUUCUCUCCAGAAGGUUCUGCCAAAGACCCAGGCCACAGAGGCACCCUCGGCUGACACGUACGGAGGCCUACUGCAUGCCGGGCACUGGGCUAAGCGCUUUGGAUGCCAGACUGCCCGUUCCUGUUAAUUUUCUGUCUUAACACCAUCAGAAGAGAGGAGCCGAGGAUGUGGCUAGAAUCCGUCAUGUCUUUGGGGGAUGGGGUUGUUGUUAAAUUCAGUAGAGAAGCAUCAGCCAUUGGAUGCUAAAUGCGCAGGGCCUGAAGCCCGCCAGCCCCACACCCUGAGGCUGCAGACACACUGUCCCCCUCCUUGUUCGCUUCUCUUUUGGACACAGCAAGUGACCCAGGCCUUGGCCCUCCAAGCCACGUACAGUUGUACGAUGAGCCAGGUCUCUGCACAGGGACACCCUGUGCAUGGUGGGCUGGUGGAUACCUGAAAUCCCACCCUUAAAAGCCCAUGCCUUUGGUGUCUGACCUCGAACCCUGGAAAAAAGCAGAUUCCUUUUCCUCCGGUCAGCUGAGGUCCCAUCAACCACUGAUCCUUCUGGGUGAAUUGUCUGACCCUCUCCUGAGAGCAGAUUUCGGAUCCAGGGGAGGAAAGACCCACCAUGGGAGGGAGCAGUUAGUGAUCUUUGGGAGAAAGGGUAGAAGGGAAGGAGACCUUGGCUGCCUGGUGAUUUCUCUUGGGAUCAGCUGCCUUGUGGGGUAAUGAAUGGGUUGCCGGGGGCACAGCCUAACCCUAGAAGCCCACACACAUCCUGGCCAGGGCUCAGGACCACUCAGGUCAGAGACACAUGGGCUCUGCAAAGGCCAGAUAACUGUUUGAGGGUCCCCUGGCACAUCCCACAGCAAUGCCUUUGUGAGGAGGAGGAAGAGGAGGAGGAGAGAACGCAGGAAGGAGGUUGGGGGUGUGGUGGAGGGAUAGUUAGAACAGUAGGCAGGGGGUUCCAGCCAAUUGCUUUCCUUGCGGAGCUGCUCCAGCCUGCUCCCCCACCCCCACCGGCCCUGCUGACAUAAGAAGAGGCCAAGGCUUCACAAUGUACAAUCUGGCAUUUGGGGAAGAGCCCCGGGCAGCCCCUCCCCACACUGCCGCAUCCAGGGGUCUCCGCAUAGCAGGGACACGGUGACCCUCAGAGCCUCUCUCUGCUUGAUUUCCAUCUUUUCUUCAUCCAUGCCCACCACCACCCCACCCCCCACAAGAAACUACAGGGCGAAGAGACAGCUAGAGGCUUCAGUGGGCUCGCUGCUGUCCCCGACAGGGUUUCUGAACAACCGAACCUCUCCCUGUUUGAAGUGUGAGAGGUGUAAUCAGAUUUAUUCAUCUAGGCAAAAGAUAUUUAUUGACUAUCUACUUACUGUUCCAGGGCCCAAAGACACAUGGUGGAGAAGCUAGGUAAGAACACAGAGCUUGUGUCGUCCCAUGGCCCCCGGGGCCAUAGGAAAGUAGCUUUCAUUCCCAGAGCCCCGACUUGCUAUCUAAUCUCAGGCGGGUCACUGUCAGGGUCUGAAAGGCACAUCGCACUGUCCAUGCCUCUGCCACCUGCCACUGGUGCCCCUGAGGUUAAAGCCCCGUCUCCCCGAAUUCUCGCAAAGCACUCUAGUGCUGUGUGUUUGUGCCUUCUUGCAACUUCCAGGACUAUGUGUGCAAAAUGGCCCCGCUGAAGUAGAGUAGGGUUGACAUUUGCCUGCAAGUGGUUGAGUCCCCAUCAGCACUGGCUUCAUAUCCAGGACCAGCCCCCGAGAGGCAGGGAACAGGAAUGGGGACCCUUUAGAUUGGGACUGACUUAGAGGGGUUUUUUCCUUUUUCUUUUUUCUUUCUUUCUUUUUUCUGCUUAUUAAAUGAUAAAGGUUUGACUUGGCAGGCAAUCAGAAACCCAAAAUAUCAUAAAAGGGAAAAAAGUUGCCGAGUGGCUAAGAGGUGCACCACGGGAGUGUCACUGGGCUCAGCGGCGAGGUGAAUUGCUGAGCGAUGGAGCAGGAGACAUUUUUCAAAGGCUUCUCUCUCCUUCUUUUCCUCUCUCUGUCCCCCAUGCAGAAAGGGGAAAAUAGAAGCAGAAUCCAGAUUUGGGCACGAGGCUGAUUGGUCACCCUCCCCCAGACAGUGGAGAAACUUUGAUCUGGGGACAGGACGAGCCUGGGCAUCCCGGCAGAGGCUGCCACGGGUCCCAGCCUCCGGACAGGCCUCCCUGAGCUCCCGUGAGGGGACGUAACCCACAUGGUGAAGGACAGCCAGAGAGAGUAAGGUUGGAACUGAGCAAAUGUGGGACCGGCAUCCCUUGAGCUCCGUGCUGGCCACCUCGACGACAGUUUGGAUAGCCAAAGCCAACCAAGAGCCAGGUGGAUGGGCUCAAAUUCGUGGAACCCUCUAGCUUUGCAGGCUUUAGGGGCCCUUUGGGCCAACCUUCUUGUUCGGGCGGGGAAAUGGUGCUCAGAGAGGGAAUGAGACUUUGCUCAAGAGCACCCAGCAGAUGGGUGGUGGGGCCAGGAGUGGAGUCCAGAUCUUCAGCCUCUAGUCGAGCCUCCUCUGCACAAGGAGACGUAACUCAAACAGCACCACAUUCUGGAAGCCGUGGCCCAACUACAGCACCGCUGGUCUCUUUGGUAGUGUUGGCCUUCAGACCACGGGACUAACAUUCCUCAGUUACAGUCUUUAAACCAACACAUACAGAGAAACUCAGGUCCGUCCCUGGCAGCUAUGAUCAUUUUUUUGCCCUGAAUGUCAGAUCUUUGCUCUCUUGAGGAACUAACCAGCAGCGGGCACCCUGGUGUCCCCUCAGCUGAGCUCCUAGCAUCACCGGGCAAAGUCCUUUCUGUGCUCAGGUCUGCCAUCCCGAGCCACCCCCGUCUCCACCAAAAGAAUCGGGUGAGAAACAAUUAAGUGAGAAUCAGAGUCCCCCUCCCCUGACAGCGAGUCCACAGCGGCCUCUGGCAAACGCCUUGGCUGUGGAUGCUAAGAACGUGCUGGAAGACGCCCUGAUGAUGUUCCAAGUUCUAGUGGUUGUGGCAGCAGUGGAUUCACCCCUAGGAGCAGCCUAGCAGGGAGCCCCCGCGAGGCUUUGCUCUUGUCCCAAAGUCUGGCAUCUUCCAGGCCAGAGGUACUCAGAGCUCUGGGCCCUUCCGUGCCACCAGCCUGGCAUGUGGCCUCAUGAUAACAAAUCAGAGCCUGCUUGGGGCUUUGGUGCCUCAUCUGGCAAAUGGGAAAGUCGUUUGGAAAGUCUCAGGAGGGUAGGCCCCUGCCAACUCCAGUCAUCCACGGCAGUGGAAAGGGAAUGUUCCUGAUAAAGCGAGGGCCAAAGGUGUAGGAGUAAGAUGGCAGCCGCUGGUGCGUCGAACCUCCUGGAAGAGCAGGAGACUUGGUGCGCCGAGCUUCUGGGUGGUCUCGGAUGCAGGGCCGAUAGCAUGGGCUCGUGACCGGUGCGGACGCACGACUGGCCCCACACUCAGGAGGGCCCCACACUGGGUGCUUAAUGAUCUACAGUCACUGUCUUGAAAUUUGUGAUAAUUUUUUCUUUGUAAUUGUGUUUUGCAAAUGAAGUCCAGCGAGCCAAUGGACCAUGAACUCGGAGCUUGGAGACCGGGCUCAUAUGCAGUCCUGCCUCCCUGCUUCCGGGGUCUGAUGCUCAGCCCCCUGGAGCCCCAUUUCCACUUAGCCUUCCCAUCCCAACCUCCACCCAGCAACUGCUGCCAGCCUGUCCCCCACCUGGGCUCAGGCAUGGGGAGGGUCAAGGGUUGGACAUGUGCAGCCCACAGCAUCUUGGGGAUGGGGCGUGACGGCCACAGUUCCUGCCUUACUCUGGCAGCAUCAGAGCACAUUUAGUGAAGGACUCACUGGGAGGAGCCUCUAAUCUGCCCCAAUACAGGGACCUAGGAUACCUAGUGCAUCCUGGCACAAAGCUCGCACCGCCCCUGGGGUUGCCCAUCUGCUGGGGGUUGGGGCAGGGAUCCUGCAGAAGAGGGAGAUGCCUGGCUCGACCCCCUGUUCCAGGCCUGGGGCACAACAUGUCAGUCCAGCUGCUGGGAAAGAAGGGCGCCUGACCACCAGGCUGGAGGACAAGUGCUUGGCCAAGUCACAAAGCAGGGCCCAGCACCCAUGGGGCUCUCUACUCCCCCUGGGAGAACCCCCAAGCCUCGGGGAGCCCUUUCUCCCUUCUUCCAACUUUCCUGAGUCCAGCUUGUCUAUUCCGGCCAGUUUGAGGCACCCUCUUGAAACAAGUCACAAAACGUGUUGUGUAACUGGUGAUUCCACACACGUAUCAAUGUUCUGCUAUUUACCUUUAAAACUGGCUUUACACAAUAUAAAAAUGAAAAGUAAAAUUCAUCCUAGUGUUUUAAAAAGUUGACUUUACUUAGAAGGACGUUAACUAGAAAAUUUGAAACACCAUGCCUAGUCAAGAGUGAGAGACCAGGGAAAAAAAAGAAAAGGCAUUUUUUUCCUGCUUUCUGAAUACAGGGCUCCCUAUUUUCAUUUUGCUUUGGAUCUUACCAAUUACGAAGCCCAUCCUGCCUGGAUGAGUCACUUUCCCUCUGGGGCACCCACUUCCCUAUCAGGAAACCAGACCAUUAACCUUGUGCUUCCCCCUCCCUUGCCCACGGGCACAUUAUGAAGGUAUACUCGGAAAAAACUCAUGAACAAGAUUUAGAAACCAGUGUGGUGCCAACCCUUGGCCUUGGAACAUGGCCCUUCUUUCUUAAAAGGGGGUUCAGCCCCCCUCAUGGAGCUUUCACCAUUGACAAGUCAGUCUCUUCCCCAGGUAUGUCCCUAGGUAUUAUGUCCUAGAUCCAAACCCCCAGUCUAAAAGCCACCCCUCUCCCCUGGCGUACAUUUGGACUGGCCUCCAUAUUUGGAACCCAAGCAUUUUGUCAAAUGGAAAGAUGUCAGCCAGCCCAAGGGCUGAGACCUGACAGUGUGCAAAGACUGGCCACUGGUCUCUACACGCAUCCCUUUUAUUUAACGGUGAGGCCAGGAUUUCAGAGCUCAGUACAAAGGUACCAGCACUGGGGAAGGCAGGCGCCAACCAGGUUUGGCUUGAGGGAUCAUCUUCUUGAGAAUGGUAAAACUCUUGGUUCCACUUAGACUUCCAGGGGGAAGAUAGCUGCAUUUCAGAAUCAUUUCCCCGGCUACUCUCAUGGAAGUUUCAAGGGCAACUAUCCACCUGCCUUGCCUGAUGUUUGAGGACUCAACUGUCCAAGGGAUCCAUGUAGCAGCCUGUCAUCUUCUGUAAAAGUACCGUUACUUUAAGAUAACAUUUGUGGGGGCACCUGGGUGACUCAGUCAGUUAAGCAUCUGCCUUCAUCUCGAGGUUCGUGGGUUUGAGCCCUGUAUGGGUCUCUGUGCUGUCAGCGCGGAGCCCGCUUGGAAUCCUCUGCGCGCCCCCCCCCGCCCCUCCCCCACUCUCUCUCUUUCUCUCUCUCAAAAAUGAACAUUUUUUUAAAAAAAGAUAACUUUGGUGGGAUGACUGCAUGAGUGAAUGAAUGAAUGAGUCCGUUUAGAUCAAGUUGCCUCAAACGGAGCCCAGAUAUCAAACUGCAUAACAGUGUGCCAUUUCAGGAGAGGAAAACUUGGACAGCCCGUUUGACUUCUUCUCCUGCCUUUCCCCGAUAGUGGAAGAUCUCGCACUCGUUUUAACGUUUUGUGGGGGGGUUUUUUCCUUCAAUUUUAUCUUAUUUCACUUCAUUUCCUUUUGAGUGACGUCUUCUGGGUCCAGCUCCACCUCCUCCAGAUAAUCCAUGAGGCCUGAGAGCCGCUCCAGAGUGGGAUUAGAACUCGUGUAGAACAUAGUCACUUUAAACUGAAAUCUGCUAAUUAAUGGCUCUCCUCUGCGUAACUGAACGAUAGUGCUCCUUCCCCGCGGAAUUGCAAUUUCAUGGUUCCUAAUGAUGGUGCGAUUACAUUAUCUGGAUCACUCAGACGGUGGGUGUCAGGAGCGAUGCUCAGAGCGUGUCUCGGGGAUGGGGAGAAAUCGCGCCUACAGCCAAGGGGAUGAGGGGAAGGAGUGCGACCGUCUGUUAAUUUUCAUUGAUCUGUCCUGCUCCUUCAUCUCAUUCAGGCGUUCAUUUCAAGGUCAAAUUUCCCCCAGCUCCACAAUGCCUCCUUCCCCUCACUUUUUCCCCCUCAUAUUCAUAGGGUUAUAUUUUCUUUAAAAAAAAAAAAACAAAAAACAAAAAAACUAUUUAUUUGGUGUAUUCCACGGAGUAAUUUAUUUUCAGCAUUUAUUUUCAUUACAUUUCUUGGAAAUGCAGUUCUACAUAUCGUUAGUACAAGUAAUAUAUGUUGAUUGUUGUUUCCCAAACUGACUUGUAUUAUUUGAUGAGUUAAAUAAAAUGCCUCAAUCCAA